CUUCUCUUCUUUGUAUUAGAUUUCAUUUUGCUUUAUUCAUUCUAUUUUAUUACACAUGUUUGGACAGUAUACUAGAACUGUUGAUCAAGAAUCUAAUGACCUGGAUGCUUUAAAAAAUAAGAAAUUACAUACUCUCUCUUCUACAGCAACAACGAAACCAGUAAUCUCUUCUUCAACGACAGGUCAUGGACUAUUUCGUACUGUAGGGGAAACUACUGUGCCUUCUCAUACCAAUCAAAACAACUUGAAUAUAUUAGAAAAGUCAUCAACAACAGCCUCAAGCACUUUGUUACCUUUUGAAGGAAGAAUCACUGCGUCUACCCACAGCAAUACUUUACCCAUCUUUUUCGCCGGUAGCGAACGUGAAGAUCCAACUAUUCACCAAAAAGAAUCUACUGAUCUUUUAGAUAAAAAGCCAUCUGCCAAUUCUCUACGGGAGCUGGCGUCCCAAACGAAAAUCGAAUCAGAUGUACCCCCCACUGAUACCAAUAUAGUUGAAGAUAGAUUAAAGAUUAGCGAUAGUAACAACGAUGAAAUCAGAACAAUCAAAAUAUUCGGCUUUCCCCCAAACAUGAUCACCAACGUGCGAAAACAUUUUGAAAGAUAUGGAAAGAUUGAAGACUCACAAUAUUCUCCUGGCAGCUGGCUCAGUAUUCGAUACGAAAAACCAGCAUCAGCUACACAAGCACUGGAUAGUAAUGAGAAAAUCAUGGCAGAAACAUUCAAGAUUGGUGUGACUCUGGCAAAUGAAAAUCUCAGAUCCUCUUCAGCAAUAUCAGCAUCUUUGACAAAAGCCGAUGGAUCAUCAACACAGGAACAACAGAAAUCAAGUAAUGUAUUCAAGGAUAUACACCCCAAAACGGAUAGUGUCUUUGCGAAAAGGGAUGACAAGCAAAAAGGUGUAGGAAGUGGUCGCACUGGCAUUAGUGUAAUAGCAAGUCCUAGUAUAGGUCAGCAUAGCAAGGUCACUACUCCACAAACUACUGGAUGGAUAGGAUAUAUUAGAGAUCUAUUAUUUACUUGGUGACCUUUUUUUUUUUUUUGAACAAUAAAAAUCUUAUCAAUUAUAUAUACGUCGAAUGAUGAUUGAUGGUGCAAGAU